AUGGUUCUCGUUCCUCACAAGAAACGGCAAUACGCUGUUCUGGGUGCAUCUAGCGAAGCCACCCAGAAGAUCCUUACACCCGAAGCUUGCGAGUUUCUUUCUGUCCUGCAUCAUUCAUUUGAGGCUACCCGGAAAGCCCUCCUCCAUCGCCGUGACCUUCGACAGAAGAAUUUUGACGCAGGGGAACUCCCGGACUUUCUGCCCGAAACCAAACAUAUUCGCGAGGAUAGCCACUGGCAAGGAGCCUCUCCUGCGCCUGGCCUGGCCGACCGUAGGGUUGAGAUUACAGGGCCGACGGAUCGCAAGAUGAUUGUCAAUGCCCUCAACUCUAAUGUUUACUGCUAUAUGGCUGACUUUGAGGACUCGCUCACUCCGACAUGGAAGAACGUUACUGAAGGUCAACUCAACCUUUACGACGCUAUCCGACGCCAGAUUGAUUUCAAGAUUGGCGAGAAAGACUACAAGUUGAGAACUGAUCGAACUCUUCCUACCCUCAUCUGCCGCACCCGUGGAUGGCACCUCGACGAGGCCCAUUUUACCGUCAGCGGUGCUCCUAUCUCGGGUGCAUUGUUCGACUUUAGUCUUUAUUUUUUCCACAACGCCAAGGAGCUCAUCAAGACUGGAUUCGGGCCUUACUUUUACCUUCCGAAGUUGGAGUCUCAUCUUGAAGCUCGUCUUUGGAAUGAUGUUUUCAAUGUUGCUCAGGACUAUAUCGGAAUUCCUCGGGGUACUGUCCGAGCUACUGUUUUGAUCGAGACCAUCACGGCCGUUUUUGAGAUGGACGAGAUCAUCUAUGAUCUUCGAAACCACAUUGGCGGACUGAACUGUGGACGAUGGGACUACAUCUUCACCUUUAUCAAGAUCUUCCGAAACCAUCCCAAGUUCAUCCUUCCCGAUCGCGCCGAUGUCACUAUGACUGUUCCUUUCAUGGAUGCCUACGUCAAGCUACUCAUCGAGACCUGUCACCGACGCGGCGUGCAUGCCAUGGGCGGAAUGGCUGCGCUGAUCCCGAUCAAGAACGACGGAGCCGCCAACGCGAAGGCCCUGGCCAACGUGGAGGCCGACAAGCUUCGAGAAGUUUUGGCUGGACAUGAUGGCACUUGGGUUGCUCAUCCCGCUUUGGCCCCAAUUGCGGAAGACAUUUUCAACACGUACAUGCCCACUUCCAAUCAGAUCUUCCGUCGAUCUGAGACUGUGCCGGUUACUCGAGAUGAUCUUCUCAACCCCAAAGUCCCAGGCAAGAUUACUCUUGAGGGCGUCAAGAAGAACAUACAUGUUUGCUUGGUGUACAUGGAGGCUUGGGUGCGCGGGAUUGGAUGCAGCCCUAUCAACAACCUCAUGGAGGACGCAGCUACCGCCGAAGUCUCUCGAUCGCAGCUCUGGCAGUGGGUUCACCACAAGGUCAGCACCGCUGAGGGAGUCCGAUUGGAUAAGAACACUAUCCUUGAGCUCCUCGAUGAACAGCAUGGAGCUCUACUGAAGACGGCUGCCGAGGGCCACAAAUUCGAGAUUGCGCAGCAGUUUAUGCGUGAGCAGAUCACAGGAGAGAAGUAUGCGGGCUUCUUGACCGAGUAA